AUCACUCAAAUCUCCAUCUCCUUCGAUCUUCCUCAAAUCUUCAUCUCCUUCGAUCUCCCACAAAUCUCCCAUCUCCUUCCCUCACAAAGGUAUUCAGUCGCCUCCAUCCUCAACCGCCGUCGCCACCGUUAUUUUCCCAAAUUGUCGUCAUCAGAGGGUGGGUUCCUCUCCCUUUCUCUCUCGCCUCCAUCGUGCGCUUCCGAUCUCUGCGGAUCACCGCCGUCGCCACCAUUAUUUCCGAAGGUUCUUGAAAGUAUAGUUCCUGAGUUCCGACGAGGAUGGUUGUGAGUUUAGUCCGUUUGAUAUUACCACUACUAAGAAUGCUCCUAUUGAACGCCUCAAACGCUGGAGGUGAGAACGGGAUUGGAAGGUCCUGGACUGACUGCUGCUCAAAAUAUGUGGUACUGCAUUGCUGCAGUAGGGGGUCAGUAUAUUUGGACGCGGUUGCAGUCUUUUUCUGCUUUUCGUAGAUGGGGAGACUCUGAGCAGAGGACAUUUGGACAACGGGCAUGGCUUUUGUUGCAGCAUGUAGAAGGAUUCUAUAAGGCUGCAUCAUUUAGCAACCUGCUUUUAUUUCUCUUAACUGAAAAGACUACGGGUAUUACGGGCAAGAAACAAGGGGAAGUAGAAAAGGGGCAGAGGAGAUAUGAUAAUGGUAGUGGGGACUUUUAUACAGAGCCAUCAAUGCAGCUGGUGAAUCCAUCUCGAAUUUCAAAGAAAAACAAGGGCCAGAUAUCACCGAACGAGUUCAGCCCCGGGCUUUUGGAUCUUCACUCUCAUGAUGCUGAACUUCUCACUGAGUUCUUAACUAUGAUAUUAUACAAACAAUGGAGCACCACAAAUGACACCAAAUCUGUUCUUCAAGACCCUUUAUGGAGUUCAUACCCAACUCAAGCUGAACAAGCAGUGCUGCAGUUGCCACCAUUUCCCUUCACAUCAAAGGAUCAACUCAAUUAAGUAUUGUAGGAUGAAUUUCCUUCAUGAGUGUUUUAGAUUUUUUCUUUUCUUUUUGUUGUAAUUUGCAUUUCUGAAAUAAUAAUACAAUGAUUCUCAUAUGGUCUGAAAUGAAAAU